AUGCAGUUGGUAUCGGAGCACGCGCUACAGGCGCAGGACUUCAUCAAGAUGCACGCGGAGCUGGAGCAGUGCCUCUCCACCGUCCCCAUCCAAACCCUCCCUGAACCCCUCACCUCCAAGCUCACGGCGAUGCGGCAGCAGCUGCUGAACACGCCCUUCACGGAGUGCGUCACGCCCGCCAUGCGCGCGCAGCUGCAGCUGCUGCUCUCGUCCGCCGCGUCCCCCUCCCCCGCGCUCAAGGACGCGCCCGGCUCCGACGUCCUCGCCUUCCAGCUCGCGGAGGCGCUCGGGCUGGGGCUCUCCGCGGAAGCCGCCAACCCGGGCGCACUGCGGCGCGAGCAGGAGGCGCUGGCGCUGGAGAAGCGCAAGGCGCAGGAAGGGCGGGACCUGGCUCAGGCGAAGGUGGUGGAGCAGAUAGUGCUGGUGCUCAUGCGCAUGGAGCGAGAGGUGGCAGCCCGCAGAGAGAAGCAGAAGCGCGCCGCUGAAGCCGCAGCAGGCAGCACUGGUGCUGCUGCUCCCACCGCCUCAGCUGCUCCCGCCCCCUCCUCCAUCUUCGCCCCUCAGCCCAGCCGGUCCCAUGCACCAGCAGCAGCACCGGGAAUCAAUCUGCUGGCAGAGAGCUUGACAGAGCUCAGCGUGGGGGGCAGUGACAGACAAGCAGAGGCAGCAGCAGCAGCAACUUCGCAGCAGCAGCAGCAACAGGGGGCAGGGGCAGGAGCAGUGGCAGGGGUGGUGAGACAUCAGGAGGGGCAGGAGGCGGCAAAGAAGGUGGUUGAGCCGAUCAAGGUGGUUCUGCCAGUGGACGAGAAGGCACAGGCAGCGGGGCUCGUGGGCUGGCACACGAAAUUCUCUGCCACCAACCGAGCCAUGUUCCGCUCUGCUGGGGUCAUCGACGCUCUGCUCCCCCUCGCCGCCGCCUCCUCUCCCCAGGAGGCGAAAGCAGCCGACGCUGCAGUGAGAGCCCUGGGGAAUCUGCUGGCAGAUGAGGAUGUGAAGGUGGAGUUGAUUGGGCACCUGCCGCUGCUGGUCCAGGCGCUGAAGCGCGCCCAGCUGCCUGCCACUCGCGCAGGCAUGGCGCGGAUUUUUAAAGCGAUUGCCACGAUAUCGGAUGAGGCGUGUAAGGUGGUGGUGGAUGCGGGUGCGGUGCCGCACUUGGCUAAGUUUGUAGACCCCAGCGCCACUGCCGCGCCGGCCAACCCGGCCCCGACGGGCGGCGCGGCGGUGGCUGCGGCCGCCGCCGCAGAGGAAUCUUCCAAGCAAUGCGCGGCGGAAACCCUAGCGAUCCUCGCGCAAGUCCCCUCGAAGCGGAGCCGAAUGGUGGCAGAUGGGGCCGUUGGCGCUCUCUCCCUCCUCGUCCUCGCGUCCCCGCCGAACGAAACCCUAAUCGCGGCGGUGACGGCACUGGCAGGGCUGGCGAGCGUGCAUGAGGGGAGGGAGGGCAUGGCGGCGGUGCUGCCGACGCUGGUGAAUCUGCUGAGGGUGGAGGAUGAGGGGGUGAUGGCGCCGACUCUUGACGCGCUGCUGCUGCUGGCCAAGCACAGCGCGGGGUACCGCAGUGGCAUCCGGAAUAAUGGCGGCAUGCGGCAUCUGAGGAAUGUGCUGCGCGUGGGGCCCUCGCCUCUCCACAACAAGGGCAUGGAGCUGCUAGCGGCUCUCUUCUCAUAG